AUGCGUUGUUUUCAGCCUCCUGAGAUGAUCAUUGUUCCGUUGACUCCUACCAGAGAUGCGUGCCAGACCAAGCCGGUGGAUGACGACGAUGCUGAAGAUGUUCCAUUCCCAGACUUUCAACGGCGAGCAAGUAAGGAGAUGAGUGAGUGCGGCAAGCCAUUGCGCUGGUUGCCCAUGGAAAGCGACCAAAAGUGCCAAGCAUUGUGUUCAGUUCCAAGGUUUCCUCGUCGUCAAGCCAGCUUCCGCAACCACGCAAGUAGCGAUGCUGGCUCUUGCUUGUCAAGAAGUAGCGGCGACUCCGCAUACUCCUGGCUGAGUGAAUGUGAGCAGCUGUCUAUUGAGAUUCUUGAAAUGUUCAAGGACUUGGAGUGUGAACGCUCCCAAGCAGGUGCGAGUUCCCGCCAGUCCAGAGGUAAUCGAUCACAUUUUCGACGUGGGAGUCGCUGUUCCACGGAUCAUCAGAGCAUCAAGAGUGCUACAUUGCCCCGAAGACCCUACCGCCAAAAGAGCUUUGGCCGCCAAGAGAAGCGUUGGUCAGCUUGCACUGCAGAUUUGAGCUGCGACAGUGUUCCUGAUGCCCCUUCUGAUGCCAAGACGACUACAUCUUCAACGAUUACUACUGCUCCAAGAGGCACCAUGCCGAAAAUGCCACGAAGGCAAAAGAGUGGUGAUGUCCAAAGGGAGGUAAACACCAGAAACUAA